GGCGGGGCUGGAGCGCCGAGUCCUCUGACGGCCCCAGCCAGGGAAUUUCAAUUUGAAACCCAGCGGAGGGAGGAGGCGGGUGCGGCGGCCGGGCGGCUGGGGCUGGAGCGGGACCAGUCCCCGCGGCGAGCGAGCCCCUGGAGGUGCAGUGCAGGCAUAUGCUGUAACCAUGACCACUGAAGUAGGCUCCGCAUCUGAGGUGAAGAAGGAAUCUGAGCCAUUAGGAGCAGAUGCCACCAAGGAGAAACCUAAAGAAGUAGCAGAAAAUCAGCAGAAUCAGUCCUCCGAUCCGGAGGAGGAAAAACGUUCCCAGUCUUCUCCUACAGCUGAAAGCCAAAGUAGUUCACGCCGCCAGAAGAAAGAGAGGGAUCCAUCUGAGAGCCGGGGUAUUUCUCGAUUCAUACCCCCAUGGCUUAAGAAACAGAAGUCCUAUACCUUAGUAGCGGCUAAAGACGGAGGAGAUAAAAAAGAGCCUGCCCAAGCUGCCGUGGAGGAGGUUUUAGACCAAGAGGAAUCUCUUCCUGAAGGAGAAAGGCAGGCCAAGGGCGAUGUUGAAGAAACCUCUCAGAGAAAGCAGCAGGAGGUGAAAGUUGAUGUGAAGGAAGAGAAGCCCUCUGUGAGCCGUGCUGAGGCACAGCCUGCUGGAGAGGUAAGGAAGGAGAGAGAAGAGAAGGUGAAGGAAAUGCAGGAAGACACGUCAGAAGAAGCAGCAAAGAGGGAGACCAAGGAAGUGCAGACCAAUGAGGUAAAAGCAGAGAAGUCCUCUCAGAAAGCCAACAAGAAGACCAAAGCAGUCCAGUGCAAAGUGAUCCUCCUGGACGGCACCGAGUACAGCUGUGACCUGGAGAAACGUGCUAAGGGACAAGUGUUAUUUGACAAAGUGUGUGAACAUCUCAAUCUUCUGGAGAAGGACUACUUUGGACUUCUAUUUCAGGAAAGCCCUGAGCAAAAAAACUGGCUAGAUCCUGCAAAAGAAAUAAAGAGACAACUGCGAAAUCUUCCUUGGCUGUUCACCUUUAAUGUGAAGUUUUAUCCUCCUGAUCCUUCUCAGUUGACUGAAGAUCUCACCAGAUACUUCUUGUGCCUUCAGCUUCGGCAGGACAUUGCCUCUGGCCGCCUGCCUUGCUCGUUCGUGACGCACGCCCUCCUGGGAUCUUACACAUUGCAGGCUGAACUUGGGGACUAUGAUCCGGAAGAACAUGGCAGUAGUGAUCUCAGUGACUUCCAGUUUGCUCCCACACAGACGAAGGAGCUGGAAGAGAAGGUGGCAGAGCUGCAUAAAACCCACAGGGGCUUAUCUCCAGCGCAAGCUGAUUCUCAGUUCUUAGAAAAUGCAAAGAGGCUCUCCAUGUAUGGUGUUGACCUACAUCAUGCCAAGGACUCGGAAGGCGUGGACAUCAAGCUGGGUGUGUGCGCUAACGGGCUCCUCAUUUACAAAGACAGACUGAGAAUCAAUCGUUUUGCUUGGCCGAAAAUCUUGAAAAUUUCCUAUAAGCGCAGUAACUUCUACAUUAAAGUUAGGCCGGCAGAGCUCGAACAAUUUGAGAGCACCAUUGGAUUCAAACUGCCAAACCAUCGGGCAGCAAAAAGACUAUGGAAAGUGUGCGUGGAACAUCAUACCUUCUACAGGCUUGUGUCUCCAGAGCAGCCACCAAAGGCCAAGUUCCUGACCUUGGGGUCCAAAUUCCGCUACAGCGGCCGUACCCAAGCCCAGACCCGUCAGGCAAGCACCCUCAUUGAUAGGCCAGCGCCACACUUUGAGCGUACCUCUAGCAAACGUGUCUCCAGGAGUCUAGAUGGAGCUCCAGUUGGUGUUAUGGAUCAAAGUCUUAUGAAGGAUUUUCCUGGACCUGCUGGGGAGGUUUCAGCAUAUGGCCCCAGAGUUGUCAGCACUGCUGUGGUUCAAGAUGGGGAUGGCAGGAGGGACCUCAGAAGCCCGACUAAAGUCCCACAUGUGCAAUUCAUUGAAGGAAAGCCUGUUCCCAUGUGUCCACCAUCACCUCUCAUUCGCUGUGUUUCCUCUCUUUCCCCAAACCUUUUACCGGUCCCUGAGAUGGACUUGCUUUCAGACAUUUCGGAGGAGGACCCCUUUGGGGAGGCUGACCAGAUCACACUAGACAGCUUAGAGCUCCCUUCCAGCGGUGAGCUGUCCGAGCUGGGGGACUGCGAAGUCCCUGCCCUUGAUUCUGUCUCGGGUCCCAUUGCAGCCCCUCCUCAGCCUGACUGUCCUCCCACCCAUGAGAAGCCUCUAAAAGAGGCUGACCGCAAGGAUUCUGAAUUUGGGUACUUUUCCUUCCAUUUCUGCAAAUGCUUCCCACCUAGCUUCCCCUCCCUUCUCGAUGACGAUGGGUAUCUUGCUUUCCCCAGCCUCCCCAAGGUCUGGGUCUCCUUCCUCCCCGACGAUGUCCAGCACUACCUUCCUAUUACCUCCCCUUCCUUUCUUCCUUCCCUCAUCCUCAUCUUCGGACUCCUUCUCUCUGCUUCUCAGUCAGUGCCUUUUUCUCUCACCUUUUCCCUUCCUCUGGCUCUAUCCCUCUGCUAUCUGGAGGCUAAAGCCACUUCCUUCAGUGUUUCUCAUGACUGUGACUUGAAUGACAAAACAGAGGAGGAGGAAGCAAUUGCUGGGACUCCCACCUAAGCUUUAAUUUGUGGGGUCAACAAAACUCCAGCUUCCUAAUAUAGAGUGUAAACAUGUGCAUAAAUUUCACCACUGAGUACCCUCAAAAUAGUAUGGUCUGCACAUUUUCACAUACAUGGUGUUUUAGUGCAUGAGAAAUACAUGUAAAUAAGUACUUCCCCUUCAUUGAUUUCCAUGGACCAGGUCCACACAUUCGAAGUUGAGAACCAAGUUAGGGAUUAUUUUGUAAAUAUCUAGACUGUACUAGGUCUUCAGAACAAAACAAAACAAAACAAAACAAUAACAGGAAACCUCUGUUGCCCUUAACAAUCCAUAUUGGCUUUGUCUGUUUUCCAGACAAAUAGCAAGUCUGUCAAUGCUGUUCCUGUAGGACGGACACUUGUUUCAAUAUAGAACUUAGAUUCUGUGGACAUAACCGUAAUUGAUGUGUAUUAGUAGAACUCCUUAGUGCCGUUAUUUCUCGUUAGGAAGCCAAGCUCGUUCUUGCAUUUAUGAGGAUGCAUCUGUAACCUUUACUCCUGACAUUUAUGGGUCUAAUCUCAGAAAUUCCUUGUCUCCCUGUUACUGUUAGCAUUGUGGAACCAGAUGAAUUUCAGGUAGUUUUUUUUAGUUUUUAUUUUUUUGCUUUUUUGUUUUUUGUUUUUAACUCUAAAUCAUGUAGUUUUAUGAAAGAGUCACUGUCAGGUAUUUGUAAGGAAGAUAUUACUCUUUAAGAAAUACAUAUGAAAAAUGAAACACAGCUUUUUGAAAAUUUAGACUAUUUGCCCUACGGUUGGGCCGCAUAGUGUCCCUUUAUUUAAGAUUAUGUGUCCGGUUUGAGGAUUUUUGCCCCUAGAUAGGGCUACCUCUGCACUACAGGUUGGUGCUAAUGUGUGCAGGAUGUUUUUGUUUUGCUAGUGUGGUCUGGUGACUUCGUGUCUCAUAGCCUGUGGGUACUAGCCAUACAUAGAGAAAAAUCACUAUUUAGAACAAACCUAAAGAAAAAUGUAAAGACAAUGCCAUGAGUAAGCAUACUGGGUGAAACCACUAUUCCCAAAUGUUACCUGAAGAAUGCCAAAGAUUGGCAUUUUAGAGAAUUAAGUAUUGACCAAUGAAUUGGAACAUGAUCUUAAUAGGUUGUUGGAUAACUCUUACUUUUCCUUCUGAUAAGAAGAUACUCUGAGCUCCUGAUCACCUCAGAAAUACUUGAUUUAAAGGGAGAGAAAAAAAAAGAAAGCAUUUUGAACUCUCACAUUUAACACUCUCAUUCCAGUAAAGAAGAAAAGGAAUGUUCAUGAUCCUGCUAUAAAUUAACACGUGAAGUUUACCCUAUUGUCUUUUGGUCUCAGAAUCAUUAUUUUUCCUUUUUUGUUAUUCCUCUUCUUGAGUCAUAGUUAUCAGGAUUUAUGCUUUUUUAAAAAUAAAUAUAUUGAAGUAUAAUUGCCAUACAGUGUUACAUUAGUUUCAGGUAUAACAUAAUGAUUCGGCAAUUCUAUAGUCUGUCACCAUAUGAUGUUAUUAGAAUAUUAUUGACACUAUUCCCUAUGCUGUGCUUUUCAUGUCCAUGACUUAGUUUUAAAUUUGCAGUUUUUUUUUUUUUUCUUUUGGGUCAUUAGAUACUAAGAAUUAUCCAACCAUGAAAAAUUAUUCUUAUUUAAAGAAUUUUGUGAAGAAAAAGUUGCUAUAAAAUAUGAGUACUUUUAAAUAUGAUUUUAGCAUGCAAGUAGCAAAAUCAAUUUUCCUCCCAAAGAAAGAGAUCUAUGUUAAAAAACUGAAUUAGAGGGUGAAUAUGUGUCCCUGAGGUAAAAUUUGGUUUUCACUUUCCAUCAUUCUACUUUGCCCUCAUCCCUAGUUGAUUUAGACUUUUCACAUUAGGACAGAUGGAAUUAUGCCAUUUUUACACUCUCCUAUUUUCAUUGAUGAGUAAAAACAUUAAAAAAACACCACAUAAUCUAGGGACUGAGAAAGAGUGAAGCUUCCAUUCUCCAUUUCACCUUUGCAAAGGAUUCCUUCCACCAUUUGUUCGACACUGUAGGUGAAGAAAGACCAAAGUGGCUUUAUGUUCUGCAUCUUCUGAGGGCCAAACAGUAAUUACAGGUUGGUAAUCCUAGUUCAUCAUUUCAGUUCAAAUACAACAUCUCUGCAUCCCUGGGUAGAGUUUCUACUGCUACUUUUCUUCUUUCUGGCCAUUUGCUCUACGACUUUCAGGUGAAGAGGAAAGAAGAGGAGACACAGCUGGAGGAGGUGGAGAUUUACCCCCCCUAAAAUUAGAUACCUGGUGGCUGCUGCCUGCCAUACUUGUGUUUGCACAUGCGCGCGUCCGGUGCGGGGGUGGGGUAGGGUGGGGGGUGCACUUCCGGGGUUGAUAUGUGAGUUUUGCUUGUGGUGGCUUUUAGGUUCUUAAGAGUUUUAUUCCUCUUAUAUUUUAAUGUCUUGGACUAUCUGACUUGGGGUUGUUUCUGGUGCUUGCUGAUUGAUACACUUAUGUUUAUUUGCCUUUUCCCCCCUGUGUGUGAUU